UGGCUGCCUGACUGUGAGGUUGUAAUCAGCUGUUUGAGAAUGACAGAGCCAUCUUUCCAAGGAUGCAGUAGAAUGAGCUCGGCACCCUCCGCCAGGAUGUUCAUGCUUCGGGCCUUGGAAAAAAUUCAUGGAGAGAAGGAAAUUCGCAGGUCACAUCAUUCCCAGCUAAAAAGAGCUGUGGAACAGGCUCUAGAAGAACUACGUAGUGAGCUGGGUGGACCUGAAAAUGGCUCUGGUACGAGUAUUUCUGCUGCUUUGCCAAUGCCCAAGAGUGAUGCUCCACAGUUAGAUGCUGAGAAACAUUUCCUGCCAUUUGAACUUGCUUGUCAAUCUAAGUCAGCAAAGAUUGUGGUGUCAGCCCUUGAUUGUGUUCAGAAACUUAUUGCAUAUGGACACUUGACUGGGAACUGUGCAGACCCAAAUAAUCCAAACAAGCGGUUGAUUGACCAUAUUGUUGAAACAAUAUGCAAUUGCUUCAAUGGACCCUCAACAGAUAAGGAUGUGGAAAUUCAAAUAAUUAAGGCAUUGCUAACAGUGAUCACAUCACAAUAUGUUAGUGUCCAUGAGGGUACAGUGUUGGUGGCAGUACGAACAUGCUACAACAUCUUCCUGGCGUCACGGGACAUGAACAACCAAGUUACUGCAAAAGCUGCUCUUACACAGAUGAUCAACAUUAUCUUUACACGGAUGGAGAACCAGGCAAUUGAAGAUGCAGCAGAAGAGAGUGGACGUGAGCAUAGCUGUAGUACCGCUUCAUCCGUUAACAGUGCUGGCAGUCAGAUUGCUUCACAAGAGAAUGGACAGCAGGAGCAUCAUCCCCAGCAAGACCCUAAUCCCCAGCAAGUCCCUCUUCCACAGCAGGACCCUCCUCUUGAACAAAACCCUCAUCCUCCACUCACAGAUAGUACUGCAAUUACUACAACAAUGACUUCGUGUAAUGGGGUACAAGAUAUUACCGAUGAAAAUGUAUCAAUGCCAAUACCAAAUGGAUCAGCGAUAAUUUUGGAGCCACCACCACCAUGUCACCUAACCUCACAUCAAAUUGCCACAGAACUAGUUAAUGAUAUUGUGAUUGAGGCAGUCACAGUUGUAUCAACAGAGGAAACUAUUUUGAAGAAUGGUUGUUUUGACAGUGAAAGUGUUAAUGUAAAAGAAGUUAGUAACUUAGAAACAUUAAAUACAACUAUACCAGAUCCACCUGAGUCAUGUUCCCCAGAAGCUGAUGACAGUAGUGUGUCUACUCCAUGUGUACCUCAAGAGGACAUAGGUCAGGAAGAUACAUCACCAUUGUCUACAGACCACCGAAGUGAUUCUGUGGCUUCUAACCCUCCUCUUACUCCAACAUCCAUCACCAGAGUGCCCUCACAAGAAAGUAUAAACACUAUGACAGAAGGUGAUACUGCCAUGACAGCAAAACUGUCUCACACGCUACAAAAAGAUGCAUUCCUAGUGUUUCGCUCCCUCUGUAAACUCUCCAUGAAGCCCUUGCCUGAUUCCCCUGACCCAAAAUCGCAUGAACUUCGAUCGAAGAUUCUGUCUUUAGAGAUGCUGCUUUCGAUUGUACAGAAUGCAGGCCGAGUUUUUCGUUCCAAUGAUACCUUCAUCACGGCUAUCAAACAGUACCUAUGUGUAGCACUUAGCAAAAAUGGUGUUUCUCCAAUCCCAGAGGUGUUUCAUCUCUCACUUGCCAUUUUUGUUGCUCUGUUGUCAAACUUUAAGGCUCAUCUCAAAAUGCAGAUUGAGGUAUUUUUCAAGGAGAUAUUUCUUAAUAUCCUUGAAGCAGGUAGUUCCAGUUUUCAGCACAAGUGGAUGGUGAUCCAGGCACUAACACGGAUUUGUGCCGACGCCCAGUCAGUGGUGGACAUAUAUGUCAACUAUGAUUGUGAUCUCAAUGCUGCUAAUGUCUUUGAAAGAUUGGUGAAUGAUCUAAGCAAAAUAGCUCAGGGUGGGCAGCCAGGGGAGUUUGGUUCUACACCACUACAAGAACGCAGCAUGAGGAUCAAAGGACUUGAGUGCCUUGUUUCCACCCUCAAAUGCAUGGUGGAAUGGUCCAAGGAUCUUUAUGUUAAUCCAAACACGCUCUCUAAUCUAAGCCAAGAAAAGAAGAAAGAGUCGGAUGAAACAGAAGUGAACCAUUCAUUAGAAGAAAGUCGAACUUCUCUGGCUCGGCAUGGAUCUCACAACUCUAUUAGUUCUCUACAGUCCUCGUCCACUAACACCACUACUUCAACAGUUGGGGUGGAUAACCCAGAACAGUUUCAGUCUCUCAAACACAAAAAAGAAAUUUGGGAGCAAGGCAUUGAGAUGUUCAAUCGAAAACCUCGGCGGGGCCUCGCUUUCCUCCAGGCUCAGGGGCUUUUAGGACCAACUCCAGAGGAUAUUGCCAAAUUCUUUCAUGAUGAUGAUAGAGUAGAUAAAACACAAGUUGGAGACUUCUUGGGUGAUCCAGAUCCAAUUAACAAAGAGACAAUGUGUUCAUACAUUGAUCAAAUGGAUUUUCAUGACCGUGAUUUUGUACCUGCUUUGCGUAUGUUCUUGGAAGGUUUUAGAUUACCUGGAGAGGCACAGAAAAUUGAUCGUUUAAUGGAGAAGUUUGCAUCAAGAUACUGUGAAUGUAAUGCCAAUGUUGGAUUGUUUGCAAGUGCAGAUACAGCAUAUGUACUGGCAUACUCCAUUAUUAUGCUUACUACAGACUUACACAGCAUGCAGGUCAAGCAUAAAAUGACAAAGGAACAGUAUAUCAAAAUGAACCGAGGCAUCAAUGACUCUAAAGACCUUCCAGCGGAAUACCUCUCCAGUAUCUAUGAUGAAAUUGCUGGCAAUGAAAUCAAAAUGAAGGCCACUUCCACUAAAUUGGGAAAACAAGCUGUUGCCAAUGAAAAGAAACGCAAGACCCUGUUCAAUUUAGAAAUGGAAACCAUAUCAUUAACAGCAAAGUCCUUAAUGGAAGCUGCCUCACAUGUUGAUGCUACCUUCACUCUCGCAACUCAUGUCGAGCACGUUCGGCCAAUGUUUAAGAUGGCAUGGACAACUUUUCUGGCAGCAUUUUCAGUAGGCUUACAAGACUGUGAUGAUGCAGAUGUGGCAUCUCUCUGUCUGGAUGGCCUUCGUUGUGCCAUUAGAAUUACAUGCAUAUUUCAAAUGACUCUUGAAAGAAAUGCCUUUGUGCAGUGCCUCGCCCGUUUUACCCUCUUAACUGCAAAUUCGCCUCUAACUGAAAUGAAAGCCAAGAAUGUCGACUGUAUCAAAACUCUCAUCACAGUUGCACAUACAGAUGGAAACUACCUUGGAAAGUCAUGGCUUGAGAUUCUAAAAUGCAUCAGUCAACUGGAAUUAGCACAACUGAUUGGAACUGGGGUCAAGCCACAGUAUAUUAAAGAUUCAGGACUCAAGAUGCCACAUGAAACCUCCAACUUCCUUGAUGCCUUUCCAGAAUUCAUUACUGGCGAACAAAAGAAGUUGGCUCACAUCAAAGAGUCCAUGGGUGAAACGUCAUCACAAAGUGUUGUUGUGGCUGUUGACAGAAUAUUUACUGGGUCUACACGGUUGGAUGGAGAUGCAGUAGUUGAUUUUGUAAAAGCUUUGUGCCAAGUAUCCUUAGAAGAAUUAGCAGCCCAUCCCCGAAUGUUCUCGCUACAGAAGAUUGUGGAAAUAAGUUAUUACAACAUGGGUCGUAUCAGGCUUCAGUGGUCCAGAAUAUGGGAGGUACUUGGUGAUCAUUUCAAUAAAGUUGGUUGUAAUCCCAAUGAGGACAUAGCUGUAUUUGCUGUGGAUUCCCUUCGCCAAUUAUCAAUGAAGUUUAUUGAAAAGGGGGAAUUCUCCAACUUCCGCUUCCAAAAGGAAUUCCUGGAGUCAUUUGAGCACAUAAUGAAAAAGAAUAGGUCACCAGUAAUAAAAGACAUGGUAGUAAGAUGUAUAACACAAAUGGUGAAUUCUCAAGCAAAGAACAUUAAAUCAGGAUGGAAAAAUAUAUUCAGCGUCUUCCAUCUUGCAGCUUCUGACCAUGAUGAAAAUAUUGUAGAAAUGGCAUUUGAAACUACAAAAGAAAUUAUAUGUCAAAUCUACCAGAAACACUUCAUUACAGUCAUAGAUUCAUUUCAAGAUUCUGUCAAGUGCCUAAGUGAGUUUGCUUGUAAUGCUGGAUUCCCUGAUACCAGCAUGGAGGCCAUAUCACUGAUUAGAGACUGUGCUAAAUAUGUCGAUGAGAAACCACAGAUGUUUAGAGAGCAUAACCUCGAGGAUGUGACUGUUUGUGCUGAGGACAGAGUAUGGGUACGGGGUUGGUUUCCAAUCCUGUUUGAACUCUCCUGCAUCAUCACGAGGUGUAAACUAGACGUCAGAACCGCUCUCACUGUUUUAUUUGAGGUUGUGAAAAAUUAUGGAGGAUCGUAUUCACCUCACUGGUGGAAGGACUUAUUCCAGAUUGUGUUUAGAAUCUUUGACAACAUGAAAUUACCAGAACAACAGACUGAGAGUGCAGUGGAGUUAAACGAGAGACAGGCUGAGAAGAACGAGUGGAUGACAACCACCUGUAAUCAUGCUCUGUAUGCCAUAGUUGAUGUCUUUACCCAGUACUUUGAAGUUUUGAGUCCCAUGCUCUUAGCAGACUUGUACACACAGCUCCACUGGUGUGUGCAACAAGACAAUGAGCAGCUUGCACGAUCUGGCACAAACUGCUUGGAAAACCUUGUGAUAAGCAAUGGUCCAAAACUGAGCUCCUGUACGUGGGAUAAAACCUGUCAGUGCCUGCUGAACAUCUUUCACUCCACGCUGCCUCAUGCCCUUCUCACUUGGAGACCCCCUGAGGCAGGCACGGCUUAUCAGUCUGGUGUAGGUUCAGUGAAUGGCGACUCACGAGCAUUUACUGGGCUCUUGAUCCGAUGUGUUGUUCAACUGGAACUCAUUCAGUGCAUCGACAACAUUGUAUUUUUCCCUGCUACCAGUAAAAAAGAAGAUCAAGAAAAUUUAGCUAUGGCUCAGGCUGGUGAUGCAGUUAUACCAGUAACACGUGAACAGCGUGAGGAUCAAGGAAUGUACCGUCAUUUAGCUGCCAGUCAACUCUUCACACUUCUUGAUUGCCUUAUGGCUUCACAUAAAUUUGCAAAAACUUUCAACUCUAAUCAUGAACAAAGAAACCUCUUGUGGAAAGCAGCUUCAGGUCCCUGUAGUUCCCGUGUUCAAGUACAUCACCUUUACCCUCGUUUUAAGGGGAGCGUGAAGCCUAAUCUGCUGAAGCAAGAGACACAGUCCUUGGCAUGUGCACUGAGGAUUCUCUUCCGCAUGCUGGCUGAUCCGUCCAGAGAGGAGGAAUGGCCCCAGGUACAAGAGCGACUCAUAUCUGUGUGUCGUUCUGGGCUGGAAUACUUCUUGUCACUUCCCGAGUCUCACCGAGAAGCAUGGACCAAUCUCAUUCUUUUGUUUCUUACCAACAUCCAUAAAAUGUCUAAUGAUCAGUUUGCUGCUCAUGCCUCCAAUUAUUACCCAUUUUUGUGUGAAAUCAUGUGCUUCAAUCUCAAGCCUGAAUUAAGAGCAGUUCUGCGCCGCUUUUUCUUACGUAUUGGUAUUGUAUUCAACAUAACCCACCCAAGUGUUCGCAACCAUACAACAUCCACAUCCUCAAUAGGCUCCAAUUCUUAUCCUAAAGAGACUCACCUAAGUGAAUAGUAAAGAAUAUAUUAGACAUAGUGUUUGUACAAAUUAUUGAGUUUCAUGGCCUAAAUCAUUAUUACUGUAUUAAAACAUUUAAUAAUAAUAAAUGAACCACUAAGAA